CAGUAGUGCUUCUCCCAUUCUCCAACCACAUCGCAGAGUAGUGGGUCUUGCAGGCUGUGCUGGUGAUUGUGCUGGUGCCAGGACUAAAACAGAUUAACACGUGAUGAGAGGAGCAGCUUGAUAAAUGGGACCUGAGAGAACUGGGACCAGAGAAAAACACCAAGCAGACAAUACACAACCUGGGAGCCUUGUCUGCUGCAACUGAACCAGCAAAACGCAGCAUAAAAAAAGAAAAAGAGAGAUAAGGGGAAAGCAUCCUGAACAUUUGAGGCAGGAUCAGCUGACCGAGCCUAUAAAUGUCAUUGAUGAACAGCACGUCCCUGUGUCACUGGCAGGCUAGGGAUGCUCUUAGGUACAAGAGAAGAUCUCAAUAGCAUUGACUUGGUCUGAUUCCUAACAAGCAAGAUCUGUACUAGAGAUACAUGAAGUGGAUUAAGACGCCUCCUAUCUUUAUUCUUUGCUUGCACUGGCAGAGGCUCGAGCUUUUCCGAAAUCUUGGGUGAUCGGAGCAGACUGUGUGUCUGUCUGUGUGUGUGACUUUCUUGUGCUGCGCCCGGGGCAGUGUACUGUGCUAGCGGCGCUCUCUUCCCCUUCUCCCUCUUGGGGGCAGCAGUUCAGCACCAGCGACUUCAGCAAUAGCGACUUCAGCACCACCGCCAGUGGACAGCGCACCUCUCACUCCGGUCUAAUAAGUUCAACACACAACGGCUGCAAGGGAAGGAGGCAAGCACAGCACAGCAUAGCACAGCACAGGGAGAAAGCAGCCUUUUCAUACGGUGGCAUGUAAGGAACGAUUAAAACUACACUGUACACUUGGGUGGUCUUUGAAAUCAGCAAACCAAAAUGGACUCUCCAUUCUGAUCUUCAGGUUUGAAGCCAACAGUCUGUAUUUUCCACUGGGAAUAUAUUUACCAGAAACUUGGGGUGAUGAAGUCUGUCCUGGAUGGCCUGGCAGACACCACAUUCAGAACAAUUACUACUGACCUUCUCUAUAUGGGACCAAACGAAGUCCAGUAUGAAGACACAAAGAGUGAUCUUUCUAAACUGGGCUAUUACCCGCAGAAACUCCCUUUAUCCUCCUAUCAAGAAAAAAUAAUAGACGGUCAAAGUACUCUACACCUGGAUUCAUUUAAUGCAACAGAAUUUUACAACAAGUCAUUCACUAGCUUUAAAGAUGGUGAUGGCAAAAUGCAAUGUGGAAACAACUUCAUGGACAUGGAAUGCUUUAUGAUUCUUUCCCCAAGCCAACAGCUAGUUGUUGCUGCUCUGUCCAUAACCCUGGGUACUUUUACUGUGUUAGAGAACGUGCUUGUGCUGUGUGUCAUAUUGCAGUCUCGUACUUUGAGAUGCAGACCCUCCUACCAUUUUAUUGGCAGCUUGGCAGUUGCUGAUUUUCUAGGCAGUGUAAUUUUUGUCUACAGUUUUGUUGAUUUUCAUGUUUUUCAUCGGAUAGACACUCCAAAUGUUUUUCUGUUCAAACUAGGGGGCGUCACAGCUUCAUUCACAGCCUCAGUUGGCAGUUUGUUCUUAACUGCAAUAGACAGGUACAUCUCCAUACACAGGCCAUUGUCAUAUAAAAGAAUAGUCACAAGGACAAAAGCUGUCAUUGCAUUCUGUGUGAUGUGGACGAUAGCUAUUGUCAUUGCAGUGCUUCCUCUGCUAGGAUGGAAUUGCAAGAAGCUAAAAUCCGUAUGCUCAGAUAUUUUCCCUCUUAUUGAUGAGACCUAUCUGAUGUUUUGGAUUGGGGUAACCAGUGUUCUUUUGUUAUUUAUAGUGUAUGCAUAUAUGUAUAUAUUGUGGAAAGCUCACACCCACGCUGUGAGAAUGUUGAACCGGGGCACUCAAAAGAGCAUCAUAGUUCACACAUCAGAAGAUGGCAAAGUGCACAUCACUAGACCGGACCAGACUCGUAUGGAUAUCAGGUUAGCAAAAACCCUGGUCCUCAUUUUAGUGGUGUUAAUCAUUUGUUGGGGUCCACUCCUCGCCAUUAUGGUUUAUGAUGUCUUUGGAAAGAUGAACAAGACCGUAAAGACAGUGUUUGCCUUCUGCAGCAUGCUUUGUUUGCUUAAUUCAACUGUGAAUCCCAUCAUCUACGCUCUUCGAAGCAAAGACUUAAGAAGUGCAUUUUGUAGCAUGUUCCCUAGUUGUGAAGGGACUGCGCAGCCUCUUGAUAACAGCAUGGAGUCUGACUGUCAGAACAGACAUGCACAUAAUAGUAACGUCCACCGAGCAGCUGAAAGCUGCAUUAAAAGCACGGUAAAGAUCGCCAAAGUGACCAUGUCAGUAUCUACAGAUACAUCUGCUGAAGCAGUGUAAGUCCGUCCUGCUGAUAGAAAGGAAAGUGGAGUGUGCCCCUCUUAAUCUCAGUUAAGUAUAUUGACAGAAAACAACAACUAAUAUCCCUACUAUUCAUACAAAAUUAAGGCAGUAAAGAAAAUGGAGAUUUCACACAAAAAGUUUUACUCUGUUAAAAUCCUUAGUUUAGAAUACAAAAAAAGAGUACUAAUUUUAUUAUACAAGAAUAUUUUUUAAUUAUAUAGUUUCAUUUAUUUUGAAAAAAGAAUUGAACACAUCUGAUAUAGAUUUAAAUUUUUUAAAGUAUUGUUUGUAGUCUUUGAAGUAUUCUGUGUUGUCCAUUCGGACCGUUAUCUUAUGUAUUGUGUUUGUCAAGACAUGCAAACAAAGAAAAACUGGAAGACUUUUUAAUACCUCACAUCACUAUGAUGAAAGUUUUGCCUAAUAUAGUUCUAGAAAUUAGAGGUAACCUUCUGGUUCACAAAUUGCAGAGAAAUUUUAUCUACAAGUUUGACACUGAAAGAUUGAAUAUUGUUUGCUUUACUUGCACAUAAAUUGAGAUCUUAACAUGUGCUUGAAUUGAUUGUGGUAAAAUGGAAUUGUAUAUGACAUUCAGUAAAGCACAGUAGACAUUGCAAGGUCCUACUGUUGAAUAAUAAAGUGUAUUUACCAUAAUGUAGGACUGACUUAUCUUUUAAACCUUAAAGUCCAGGGAUGUCUUGUAACAUUUUGUGACAAAAUGGAAUGGAAAUAAUGGCUUCUGUAAACAAGGGCAUUGAUGUGCUAUCAGCUGUUUGUUCAAAGAUUGACAGUGUAUAACAAUACUGUUGUGAAUUUAAUGUACUUAACCAUACAUAGAAGUAGGUUGAAGUCAGUGAUCUAAACUACUGAUAUCCUAUAUGUUUUAAAUGUACAGGAUCAUACAUAUAUCAAGUUAAAAAAGUUAUAUAAAAACUUUUAAUAAGUUUUAAUUCAAUGUUACAAUUUAAUGUAUUUCCUUUGUGUUAGUUAAUGUAAUGUGCAUGUCUGUUUGUAAAUAACGAAAUAGGUCAUCUUAUUAAAAAAUGACCGACAACUAUGAUUAAGUUUAAUAUAGCUCUUGUUGCACUAUUUGCACAUGAAUUCAGUUUCUAAAGUUGAGUUCUACUAUAGUAUUAUUGAAUUAGUUGAGAACUAAAAUAUACUUUUUGUCUAUAAAGUAUUAACAGAUAUGUGAUGAGACUACAGCUACUAAGAUGAAAUACUAAAUCAUGAAUCAGUUCUAAAAAAUGGCCUCUUCUACAAAAAGCACAAAAUUAUCCAAUUCUUCCCAUGAAAUGGCAUGCUAAUAUCAUAAACAAGCACUGCAAAAAUUACAUUUGAAGCCAGGAAAUAUACACCACACCGGAUACUGACAGCUCACCCUUUAUAAGUAAUGAAGUCAUAGCAAUGACUUUGUUGAAGUAAUACUUUAAAAGGAUAUUUUAUCCCAUAUUACUAAUGUAAUGUUUAUUGAUGUGCGACCUUUAAAUUUUUUUGAAGUACAAAACAUUUUUACAACUACAACAAAAUAUGUCAUAUCACGGUAACUUUAAUAUGGAAAUCAGCUAUUAAAAUAAAAAAAGAGGACCAAUAUUCCCUUUUUGUAGGCACUUUUAUUUUGGUUGUAAUAAAAUGUAUUCUAAUUAUUAUUAUUGAUUAGAGCCUAUUUAUUAAUCAAUAAAUAUUGUGUCUCUAUCAGGAUAUCAGUUGGUCAUUUAGCCACUGGGUCAUGUAUGAGCCAUUCAUAAACUGCUGCCAGUACUUACUUUUAAAAUAAUUUGUUGAUUAGAAAUUGACUAAUUUGACAUGACACACUUUAUAAAUUCUAAUAGACACAUACCUGAAUAUUGUAUGUUGCUUCUUAAUUUGUAAUGAAUCAGGACAAAUCAAGGAAGGCAAAUGUUCCUGAAUUUACCAACAAGUUGAUAAACUGACUCCACUGGCAUGCAUUUGAUUAACAUAGAGCAUAGAAUUUGUAUACAAAAAUAAUAAUAUCUGGGAACUAUUUAGUGUAGAUUAAUGGAGGAAACAACUAUCUUGAAAAAAGGAAGCACUGCAAAUAUGAAGGAUAAGUGUUAUAAACUGAGAGCCUCAUGUCUAGUCUCCGUAGUCUCCAUAGUUUAUUGUUCCACUGGUGAUGCCAUUGGUUUUGGAGCAUAUUAUCAUUUUAACCAUUCAUUGAUAUUUGAAUCAUGAAAGAUAUUAAAAAGAAAAUAAAUGUAACAGUUGAUUUUUGCAAUCUCCUGCCAUAAAAUAAUUUCUCAUGCUAUGAACUUCGCAUUUAUACAAAUCUUAAAAAGAUAACAGGGUCAUAAACUACUCUACACGUGAAAUUAUGCUAUACAUUUUUAAUUAAUUAACCGUAAAAAAAAGUUUAUUAUUGUACGCUUAUACAUAUUAAGGGGUAAGGAAAGUUAGGUUAAAAAUGUCAUAUUAUAAAUAUGAUAUAUUUUUUAUUUUCAUAGAAAAUAAAAAGUGCCAAAACAAAAUACAUUUUUGCAUGCUACUGAUAGUUCUAAGGGCAAUUUUGAAGGUAUUUUUCCUACACAGUUUUAUAUGAACCAAGUCAGUUUAAUUCAUAACUCACUCUCUAAAUUAAGUGUUCUUCCUAAACAGCUUAAGACCCCUAUGUCUUGUUAAAACUAAAGUAACAUCAUUUUUAGGGAAAAAACAUGAACAAAGCAAGGAGCUUUGACUUACUUACUGCCAACAAAUAGGACACAGUUUAUGGAUCAACAAAAAACACAGCCUGCAGACAUUUUUGAACAUCAUAUUUUGUAGGUAUGCAUUAAACAACAGAUAAACUGAAGCAGAUCAGGUAUUCUCUAGUAUAAGUGGAAUGUGGUUGUUAGUACAAUUGCUUAUUGGAGCUUCACAUGAUCCUUUACAUUGUCUUAUGAGAAAACAAAGCUAUCUGAAUUAUCCAACUGAUGCUCAUUGUUAUUGAUCAGUUUUGCUUCAUUUAAGCAGGAUAUUCUUGUACCCAAAUUUGCCCAGUUCAACAGAGACUGUGUGUACUGCUGUCUGAUCAACAAAAGCUGGUCUGAAGAUUGGCUUCUGUCAAAUGGUCAUGCUGGAAAACCAGCUUUUAAUCAGCUCAUACAGUCAAUGUCUGCAGUGCUGAUUAGUGUAUUCUGACUUCAGGGGGAGUACCCACUGUCAUAAUACAAAGACACAGUGGGAGUGAUCCCUGCAUCAGUAUGGCUUGUGUUGGUGUGGAGAUCUGUGAGGGUUUUUUUUUU